AUGACCGCAGCUGUACACGGUUGCGCCGAAUCGACUUGGAGUCAACAGGACGGACUCGUUUGCGCCAAACUCGGUUUGCCCCGACAACAAAAGCACCGCGUUUUGGCCAGUAAGUUUCCAAAGAACAACCACCGUCGGUUGCAGUACUCGUUUGUGAGUUACACUCGGGGCGCGUCCAACGUUGAAGAAAUGAUUCGAGGGCAGAUAUUCGACGUUGGCCCAAGGUACACGAGUCUUUCUUACAUAGGAGAAGGAGCCUACGGAAUGGUCGUGUCGGCUUAUGAUAACGAAACUAAAUGUAAAGUAGCUAUAAAAAAAAUAUCGCCAUUCGAACAUCAGACUUAUUGCCAGCGGACAUUACGUGAAAUAAAAAUAUUAACUAGAUUCAAACACGAAAACAUAAUCGAUAUAAGAAAUAUAUUGCGAGCUGAAACAAUUGAACAAAUGAAAGACGUGUACAUUGUUCAAUGCUUGAUGGAGACUGACUUGUAUAAGUUGUUAAAAACUCAGAGACUGAGUAACGAUCACAUUUGUUAUUUCCUUUACCAAAUACUACGAGGGCUGAAGUAUAUACACUCGGCAAACGUUUUACAUCGCGAUCUCAAACCUAGUAAUUUGCUUCUCAACACUACGUGUGAUCUCAAAAUUUGUGAUUUUGGUUUGGCAAGAGUUGCAGAUCCCGAUCACGAUCAUACAGGAUUUCUUACUGAAUAUGUCGCCACAAGAUGGUACCGUGCCCCAGAAAUAAUGUUGAACUCUAAAGGAUACACAAAAUCCAUUGACAUGUGGUCAGUCGGCUGUAUCUUGGCCGAAAUGUUGUCCAACAGACCCAUAUUUCCCGGCAAGCAUUAUUUGGAUCAGCUGAACCACAUAUUAGGAAUACUCGGUUCUCCGACGGCCGUGGAUUUAUUGUGCAUUAUAAACGAUAAAGCCCGAAGUUACUUACAGUCGUUGCCGUUCAAACCGAAAAUAGCGUUUUCCCAACUUUAUCCGACGGCCGAUCCCAAAGCUUUGGACCUGUUGGACAAGAUGUUGACCUUCAAUCCGCACAACAGAAUCACCGUAGAAGAAGCGUUAGCGCAUCCGUAUCUCGAACAGUAUUACGAUCCUGCCGAUGAGCCAGUCGCAGAGGAACCUUUUAGAUUUGUCACCGAACUGGACGACCUACCCAGAGAGACGCUAAAACAGAUGAUAUUCGCCGAAACUGUUAACUUCAAACAAAACUUGUAAGACCGGUUUUGGGUAUUACGCAUUUACGAUUCCUUACUAUGCUUUAAAACUUACUUUACAAAACUGCAAGCUAUAUAUACAAUUGUGUAAUUUGAUAAUUUAUAAAUCCAUUUUCUUGCUUGUCUAUAUAGUUCUUCAUAUUUAUAUUAUAUUAUAAUACAUUAUUAUUAUUAUAAUUAAAAAAUAUUAUCCAUCUUAGUAUUAAGACGUACGACUUGUAGUUAAAUUCUAUGUA